AUGAAUAACUCAAGAACACCGAAAACUUCACCAAUUACUGACGAUUAUGAGAUCUCAAACACUGUCCUUGGCCUUGGCAUUAAUGGCAAGGUAGUGGAAUGCAAAGACAAGCGCACUGGAGUUCGUCGUGCACUCAAAAUUCUGCACGACAGCCCGAAGGCCAGGCGCGAAGUCGAGCUGCACUGGAGAGCCAGUGGGUGUGUGCAUAUUGUUGAGAUCAUUGACGUGUACGACAAUACAUAUGCCGAUAAGCGAUGUCUCCUGGUCGUGAUGGAGUGCAUGGACGGAGGAGAACUCUUCGCGAGGAUACAGGAAAACGGAGAUGGUGCAUUCACUGAGAGACAGGCUGCCGAGAUAAUGCACUCAAUCUGCGUAGCCGUCCGCCACCUGCACGACACAAACAUCGCUCACCGAGACAUAAAGCCGGAAAACCUUCUUUACACCAGCAUGGAGCCUGGCGCUGUUCUCAAACUGACUGAUUUCGGAUUUGCUAAGGAGACACUCACACCCGCUGACACGUUGCAGACGCCUUGUUAUACGCCUUACUACGUUGCACCGGAGGUGCUAGGUCCUGAGAAAUACGACAAAUCUUGCGACAUCUGGUCUCUUGGCGUCGUAAUGUACAUCCUGCUUUGCGGGUUCCCUCCGUUCUAUUCCAACCACGGGCUCGCUAUAUCUCCCGGCAUGAAAAAGCGCAUCCGUCUAGGCCAAUACGAUUUCCCUGAACCAGAAUGGUCGAACGUGUCGUCAGCAGCCAAGAACCUCAUUCGGGGUAUGCUGGAAGUGGACCCAGCAAAGAGGCUCACCAUACACCAGAACACAAAUUUCAACCAGCUUUAG